AUGGUUGCUCAGCCGCUCAACCCAGAUGCCAAUGAAUUUAAAUUCGUUCCAAUUAAAGGCCCCUGUAACAAACAGGACCGUGUCGCGAAUCGCUCCGCCAAGUCACAUGCCGUUAAGCAUGCCCUCAAGGCGAAGCGGUUACUCGAACAAGAGUCAAAAUGCAACUUUCGAGUGACACUUUUGAAGAAAGAGCGUACUACGCUGAUUAAUAAGUCACGUUUUGCGAAGCCUCCAGCAUUGGUAUCGUCUUUAUCUCUAAGCGUGAUUGAUCCGUUUGGUACGCUUCCUGUGGACAACUCGCGGCUACAAAUGCUACUGGAUGAUAGUAGAGCUAGGAAGGCCUCUGAACCAGUUUUUAGUAUUACAGAGGACCUCGCAUUCCAAAAUUUCCACACGGUCUUCCGUACGGGCUUAACUGACCCUGCCCUUGCGAAUGCCGUUAUGCUGUCGCUAUUGUUUGCAGUAACGGAGGGAAACUUGGAUACCGAAUGCCUCAAAUACAAGGUUUGUGCUAUCGCUUAUAUUCGGGACAAAGUGGCCUACGCCAAAGAGGCCGCGUCAGAGUCCACAAUUGGAGCCAUUCUCCUACUAGUGGGUGUAGAGGCUCAACUGGGAAUGACCUCUCAAGUACAACUCCAUAUGGAAGCAGUGAGACAGCUACUUGAAAUUUCUCGCAGCCAAGGACAUAGGCAGGAUUUGAAUGCGUCAAUUCUGUCUGGUUCAGAUCGAAUUGUUGACCACACUACCUUCUCAGAACUACUCUGGCAACGAGACUCAUUUACGCCCAGUUUCUACCAGCUUCCUUCGGGAUUUCAGCAAAUAUCACAUUUGCUAAGUGACGCUUUCAUAGAAGUCCUUGAAGAUCUGCAUGCAUUGCAAUGUAUACGGAACUGGUCGAGUUAUAAAAAGGGCGAUCCUUUUAUCAUGGCUUAUAUAAACAACCAUACAGCCUCUAUUCAGUCAAGGAUUGGGAAUUUGGUAAAAACUUCUCCCAUGCUCAAAUGCUGUUAUAUCGCAGCAUAUAUAUGUUCUAUUAUGUUAUGUUGUCACGUUUGGUGCACUCUAUCCAUUCCAUCUUACUUAUCUUCACAGCUCCUUGAUGAACUUCAAAGGGCUGAACAAGAUGCCAUAUGGAACGAAAAUCCCGACAUGCUGCUUUGGCUCCAGUAUAUUGGCGGCACAUUCGCUUCUCCUGGACCUAUUCGAUCCAUGUAUAUUGAGCUUCUGCGGAGGAAUCUAGCCACAAGAUUUUCCAUAGGCUGUGAUGCCCGUUCAAAGAUACUAGAGAUUAUGAGAAACUUCAUUUGGUCGGACCUAGCUUUCAUUUCGGAGGCAUCCAUGUUUUGGGAGGAGGUGGCCUAUUGA